AUGAGUGUACAACUCCGACUCCCACCUCUCGUUGCAGGAGAUCAUGAAUGGCGUGUAAGUAAACAUGACCCAGAAAUCCUAGAACGGCGCGCUGUCGGCGCUGAAGUUCCAAAUGGAACUGGAGAACUGACCAGAGCCGGUGCAAAUGAUCUCUAUAUCUGGGCUACGGUCCGAUUUAAGGAACCCAGGACCACUCUGAUUGCGUUGCGGGAGAAACUGAGAGAAGUCCUGAUCCUUCUGCGAUCUCAGCAUCCGGAAAUUGGAUGCACCUAUCGCUGGGAUGGCGAUAAUAAUCCUUUCAUUCAGUAUCGUUCGCUUAAGGAUCUUCACGAAGCCGCAUGUUGGGCGGAUAAUAUUUUACAUGUGCGAAUUGGCACUGAAAACGGCUUGCAUAUCCGUGAUCAAAUCCAAGCAGAGAAGCAAGGAAACGAGGCCCCCAGGCCACUUGACAUCUAUCUCGUUGCCUCCAUUCCUGAUAUCGACGCCAACUUGGGUAAUACAAAAGUAGAAUUGGUUUUCCGAACGAAUCAUCUGUCUUCUGAUGGAAUCAGCAUCCGCCUUGUGGUGGGCGAUAUUCUCCGCACGUUAGGUUCGAGCACUUUAGUCGAUGAUAUUCGGAACAUCAGCUGGGGUGAUGAGCAUAAAAAUCUGAGUCCGCCAUUGUUGUCAAUUCUCGGUGACAACCAGGCCACGAGUGGCCAGGAUUUUGAAUCGAGCAGUGCAUCCUAUAUGGAAUCGGUUCGUCGUAUUAUGAGCACUUGGAAGUUGAAGCCAAAAACUGGCCGCGCAUCUCCACGUACCAUCUUCCACGCCUUCUCUUUGGAGGAAUCCGAUCGUAUGAUCGGAGCCGUGAAAACGCGCAUUGGGCGGACAUUUUCUAUUACUCAUCUCGGCCAUGCUGCAGUGCUCCUAGCUUUCCUAAAACAUAAUCCUCCAGCCGAAGACGUGCCGAAUGACCAGUGCUGCGUGGUACGUAGCCCAAUGAACGCUCGACGCUUCCUCCAAGAACAAUAUGCAAAAGAAGGGAAGGCGUACUACCCUAUCUGUCUUGCGAUGUCACCUAUUGUGUAUGACGACAUCAAGUCUUAUAACGUGCUAAAUGCCACUCAAGAUCAGAUAAUCGAGAAACUAGUGAAAGCGUGCAAGGUCACCAAGGAGACCUACGACAAGUGGCUGACGCUACCUUCAUUGGUUCCACUUUCAGUCUCAUUCUUUCACUUGGCUGCCUCUCUCAUGAUUUCUGAUGGUAUCAACGAGAAAUACAUACCGCAGGAGGUGAAGUCUGAAAACGAAGAGGUCUUCACAGUCCAAGACAUCCGGUUCUUUACAAAUAUGUACUUGAAUCUACUAGUAUUUCGACUAGAAAGCUGGAGGGGUCGAUUGACAUUGUCAUUGAACUACAACGAUGGAAACUAUACCGAAGUCGAAGCGGCCAAUUUUCUGCAGGAUGUCGUCAAUUUCAUGCUAGCUAUUUUGCCUCUCCACGCAAUGAGAUUUAAGCUUCAGAAAUCGGCGACGUCACUUUCCAGCCUAAAACAUACUGCUGUUAGGAAUAUCGGUCCGUGCUGGCACAAUGCACUGAUCUCCAAAGCAAUGACUUCGAAUCCUGAACAACUUCCAGAUGAUGGCACAUUCUCCCUAAUAUCCUCACUCAGAUUCGAUCCCGACCUCCCCAGCGCCGCCAGCCUCUACGCGAAAGACUCCUAUCCUGAACCGCGCGAUUCUCCCUACUAUCUCCUCCGCCACCACCAAGACCGCCUUCUCCAAGCCGCCACAAACUUCAAGUGGCCCCAAGCUGUCGCAAUCCUGCAACAACCCCUAGACGCAUUCGCCGAAACACUAGAUACAUUCAUCCCAGACCGCAGCAAAGCAUGGCGAUUACGGAUAGUGGUUGAUACCGAAGGGCAAGUAACGGUUGACGUUCAUCCCGCAACUGCCUGGCCGCUUCGAUGCAUGUUUCUGCCUACUUCGUUCAAUGAUUUGGAGUCUUUGAGUAGCUCAUUUCCGUGGAGGUUGGUUGUUGAUUCCAUUGCGACUGCGCCAUCGCAGUUGACGACGUACAAGACGACUGCGAGGGAUCAUUAUGAUGCUGCGAGGAAGAGGGUCGGGAUCUUGUCUCCGACGGAUUCUGUAGAGGCUUUACUAUUCAACCCGCUGGGCGAGGUUAUGGAGGGGAGUAUAACGUGUUUAUAUUUCAGAAGACGGUCACAUCAUCAGCAAUAUGAAGAACAAGAAGAGAGUAGGACGGAAUGGAUCACGCCUCCGCUGAAUAGUGGUGGCAUGAUUAGUGUAAGUAGACAGUAUGCUUUGGAUCAUGGGUUUUGUGUUGAGCAAACCGUGCGAGUGGAUGAGCUUGUAGAUGGGGAGAGGUGUCUGAUCAGUAAUGGGGUUAGGGGUUUCAUGCCAGCUAUACUAGAUUUGGGAAAGUUACAAUGA